CACUCAGAAGGGGUCCCAGGAUUUUGCCGCAGGUGACGGUCAGGUUGCACGUAGGGCACGAAGUAGAGGAAGCUUGAGGCUUGCUCACAUGUUUGGUUUUGAAAAGCUCAGAGUCUGGGGAGGGAGAGACCGUGGCGUCUGUGCACGCAGAACGGGGAGCGGCCCUUGGAGUCGGCUCCCCCCUGCCACCUGGGUGGGACCCCGGGCCUGACUCCAAGUCCCCCUCCUCUCUCUGACCCUCCUUGUCUGUCUCAGCCCUUGUCCUCACACCGCGGGCAGAAGCCCAGACCUGGUCUGGUCCCCUGUUGCCCGCGCGAGCAACUCUGCAAGCUGCAGUGAAGGGGUCGUUCAAAGUUCCUCCGUUUGUGGAGAUGGCGGCAGGGACUCGGCCUGUGCUGUGUCCCCAGCGCCCAGGGCACUGCCUGGCUUAUAGUAGCUACUCACGUGUUUGCUGAAUUUUAGAAAAUAAGCUGCAGCCCUCAGAUCUCACAUGGGCAUUGACCCAACCCUGCAUUUCUCUGCUGCGGUUGGCUCCUGCCCUGAGAACACUCCCUUCACUCGCUCCCAUGUGACCUGUGCUCCAAGCAGGUGACUCUUCUGUCCUGCCUCCUAGAAGAAAGAGCUGCCGUCUCGGGACACCGCAUGUCCGCCCAGCCCCUGCGGCUGCGCCAGGCCAUGGGCACAUGAGCGUGACCUCAUGUUCUCCGUCUUCUAACGCCUUGUUGACGACGUUUCCCCUCGGGGGCGCCUGCCCCUCCACACGUCCUGUUCCCGCUUCCUUAUGUCCACGCGGCCCGUCCUCUUACAUCCAGUGCCUCUUCCGCCUGCCCCCUCCGGCCGUGAAGCAGCCCCACGGCCGGGCGUCUCCCACCGCUAACUUCCACUUUCCGGACUGUGUUUUGAACGCUGACAUCAUCUCAACUGUUGAAUUCAAUUACUCUGGAGAUCUUCUAGCGACGGGAGACAAGGGCGGCAGAGUUGUUAUUUUUCAGCGGGAACAAGAGAACAAGAGUCGCCCCCACUCCAGGGGCGAAUACAAUGUUUACAGUACCUUUCAAAGUCACGAGCCAGAGUUCGACUAUUUGAAAAGUCUAGAAAUUGAGGAAAAAAUUAAUAAAAUUAGGUGGCUACCACAACAGAACGCUGCUCACUUUCUACUCUCUACAAAUGGUCGUUUCUGCUUUGAACUCCGGGGACAGGAUAAAACUAUUAAAUUAUGGAAAAUAAGUGAGCGGGACAAACGGGCAGAAGGUUACAACCUGAAGGAUGAAGACGGACGGCUUCGAGACCCAUUUCGGAUUACCGCGCUGCGGGUUCCAAUAUUGAAGCCCAUGGAUCUUAUGGUAGAAGCAAGUCCACGACGAAUUUUUGCAAAUGCUCACACGUAUCAUAUAAAUUCCAUUUCAGUAAAUAGUGAUCAUGAAACCUAUCUUUCUGCAGAUGACCUGAGAAUUAAUCUAUGGCAUUUAGAAAUCACAGACAGAAGCUUUAACAUCGUGGACAUCAAGCCGGUGAACAUGGAGGAGCUGACGGAGGUGAUCACCGCGGCCGAGUUCCACCCGCUGCAGUGCAACGUGCUCGUGUACAGCAGCAGCAAAGGGACCAUCCGGCUGUGCGACAUGCGCUCCUCGGCCCUGUGUGACAGACACUCCAAGUUUUUUGAAGAGCCUGAAGACCCCAGCAGUAGGUCCUUCUUCUCAGAAAUCAUCUCCUCCAUCUCCGACGUAAAAUUCAGCCACAGCGGUCGGUACAUGAUGACCCGGGACUACCUGUCGGUGAAGGUGUGGGACCUCAACAUGGAGAGCCGGCCCGUGGAGACCCACCAGGUGCACGAGUACCUGCGAAGCAAGCUUUGUUCUCUGUACGAAAACGACUGCAUCUUCGACAAGUUCGAGUGCUGCUGGAGCGGUUCAGACAGCGCGAUCAUGACGGGGUCCUACAACAACUUCUUCAGGAUGUUCGAUCGGAACACGCGGAGGGACGUCACGCUGGAAGCGUCCCGGGAGAGCAGUAAGCCUCGAGCCAGCUUAAAGCCUCGGAAGGUGUGCGCGGGCGGUAAGAGGAGGAAGGACGAAACGAGCGUGGACAGUCUGGACUUCAACAAGAAGAUCCUGCACACGGCCUGGCACCCGGCCGAGAACGUCAUCGCCGUGGCUGCCACCAACAACCUGUACAUCUUCCAGGACAAGGUCAACUAAGGAAGCCAGCGCGGGGACUGAGCCCGGCCGUCUUCUCCGAGGAGGGGCGCUGUCCUCCCCGUGAGGAGCACGCGGUGCUGCCCGCCUCCCCUUCGCAGACUGGAGGGGCGGCCCGCUGCUCCGCGGAGCCCCGCUCAGCGCGCGGCGGGUGGACCGUGCUCAGUAAAGGCCGUUCCUCCAGAUCGUGUAUUUAUUCAGUCUGAGCCUUCCUUUCCGCUUCGCAGGCCGAAAGGUUAACGCCCAAGAGGAAAGUUGUCUGACGGAACAUCUCUUUUUCUGAAACUCUUACCCCCCGGCUCCCCCGUCACACUCGGGCCUUCACACGCGCGUGCCAUCGUGCCCCCGCCCCGUCCUCCGAGCCCGGGUGGCCCUGCCGAGGGCGUGGUUCCCCGAGCAGGUCCCGCAGCUUUUUACCCCCACACCUGUACCUGCCAUCACAGCCUCGGGUGUGACCGCCGAAUAAAACAACACACUGUAAAAAGUGGUUUUAAAUCCGA